AUGCACAUUAAAAUUAGAAACAGCGAACAGGAUGAGGAUGAAAUUUCAAAUGAAGAUGAGACGGAUUUGGAUGGUGCUGAUUGGUCCAUGAAUGUCUCUUACGAAACUGGCACACCGAAACGUGCUAACAGUCCAUCGAAGACAGCCGAGGUUACGGUUACCUCAGCACUUGCAGUCGAUAACUCCCAUUGCCCUGAUCCAGUUAUCAAGUCACCAGAGCCUUCUCCAUCAAAACCCUCGGGCAUUGCUCAACUUCUUGCCAUUUCUCGAGCUGACUUUGGCCCACCGGAUUCUAUUGGAAGACGUGUUUCUAGGCGUAGUAGGAGCAAUAUGGGCUUGAUCAAUAAGACCAAUACUACUUCCCAAACUCUUGGGGAAGAUACAGCUUCAGCGCCACCAGCACAGCUGGCUAAGCCUCUGGAUGUUACUGGCUUCUUUCACCGUGUAUCUGUUCAUCUUGUCCAAGAGCGCAUCUGCGAGAAGCCUUUUUUGGUCCUGCGCAAGCGCAUUAGUCGCAUGGUGGUCCAGUCUUUGAAAGACUCUAAGCGCAUUUGCAAUAAUGCAGCAGCUAAUGACAUAGCUAAUAUUAUAUAAUUAUGAUCAUCAUCGGAUAAUCAAAUUUUACCUAAU